AUGGUGCUCUCACUCGUGUGUUUGUCUCUCUCGUGGAGUGUCUUUUUGCGUUCGGCGUCAACCCUCUUGCCCUCGCUCGCCCUGCGGCGACGGCUGUUCGUCCAAGAACGCCGAACCUGCCUCCUGUCCGGUAUCUCGCUGUUCACGAAACACAGCGCCUUCGUUCUUUUUCUCGCCGUGGGUAAAGGCGCGGAAACAGGCCUCUGGGCACUCUCCCUUCUCGCCGUCGGUCGUGCCUCGUUCGUUUCCGCGGUCGACAGCAGCCGAGCGUGGACGGACCUGAUUCCCGCCCAUUGGCAUCUAUCCUCGUUUUCUCUUCGCUUGGUGCUGGGCAUUUCCGUUCUCCGCAGCCUCGCGUUCAUCCUGCUCGUUUUCAAGUCCUGGAUAGAGCAGGCAAGAGCCCGGGACAGAAAACUCGCCGUGUUUGUCACAGGCGCUUCCUCAGGCAUUGGUUUGCAAAUCGCGCGCCUGCUUCUCGCCCUCGACUUCUUCGUCAUUGGCACGCACCUGCACACAGAGGAGUCUCGGCUUAUAUUCGGAGAAAUCCACGGGGGAGAUGAAGGAGUGCCUGCGCCACGCUGUGGCGAGGGGAAGUUGCAGGAAAGACAGAAAAUCACGCAGGACCGGGAGAAAAAAAAAGAUGGCGCCGAGAACGAGGCCGAGGCGAGGCACGGGGACGCGAUCGGCGAAGAAGCUGCAGGUGAACGCGAGAAACGCGAGACCGAAGUCGAUCAUCAGCAAGGCGAGACACGUUGGCGGAGGCCCGAAGACAGGGCGGAGACCAGGCGAGGAGGAACUGGCGGAGAAGCAUGUGCUGCGGCAGUCAAAGAGAAAGGCGACGCAGGAGACGGCAUGAAGUGCGAAGCGGGCGACGGGGGGGACGAGGCGAUGAAGACAGCCGGGGUGGUAUCUGCGGGGACGACGCGAGAACUGCCCGUGAAGGAGCGCGAGGGAGCAGAGACUGCCGAGGAGACUCCACAUGCAGAGAAGGCUCCGCGCGACGGCGGCUUGACCCUUGCCUCCAGACGCGCCUCUCCGCCGUCAAACCCGCUCCUCCGUGGCGCGGAUGGCACUGGCGAGGCAUCCCCCGUGUCGGCGCCCUCUCGCCCUUCUGGCUCCGCUUCUUCAGCUCGCCCCUCCCGUCUCCUCCUCCUCCCCGUGGACGUAACGCAAUCCGCGGAUGUCUCGCAAGCGGCUUUUGCCGCGGCACGCUUCCUGAGGGAAAACGACAUUCCGGGGCUCUACGCUGUCGUGAAUUGCGCCGGCGUCUGGGACUGGAAUUUUAUUCAAAAUCAGAGUCCCCAGGCGAGUCUUUCUCUCGAGGAAUAUGAUAUGGCGGAGUCUGAGUUGGUGUGGACGCGUCUCCUCGACGUCAACCUCCUUGGAUCUGUCCGGGUCUUACAAGCCUUCUUGCCUCUCCUGCAGGCGUUCAACCUUUCUGUUGCCUCGUCUGACUCUCGCUCAACGCCGCCAGCUUCCGUAGGCUCGGGGACUCCUUCGUCAAUCUUUUCGCUCUUCGCGGCCCGCGUGUCGCAUGCACUUCGAACCCGAUUUCUCCCGCCGCUGAGCAGUCGCGUCGUCUUUGUCGGCAGCAUUCUCGGCCGCCUCUCCGCCCCCGCACAGACGGCGUACUGCGCCUCCAAGGCUGGUGUUCGGCUGCUCGCGGAAGGGGCUCGGAGCGACCUGAGAGAAAGCGGAGUCCACGUCGUUCUCGCCGCCGGGAGCAACACGGACCCCUCUGUUCGACAAGGCCCUGUCACGCAUGCGCCCCCGAAGCUCCUCAGUUGGACAGGCUUCGCCGCCUUGUUCUUCCUCUCUACUGGCUUCUCUUUCUUCGCUCCUUGUUUCUUCCUUUUCUCGCUCGUCGUCUUCUGCGGAGUCUUCGGCUCUCUUGAGAUCUGUCUCGGCGACGGCCAAGCGGCGGGGCUCUGA